AACAAAAAAAAAAAAAAAUACAAUUAUUAGCUAUGUUAAUUUAUUAAAUGAAAUGUGCAUAAAUUUACUGUUGAAAUGGACUGGAGUGCUGAAGAUAAUCAACGCUAGUCGCAAGUCACUCAACUUGCUGGAAUUCUUGAAGCCGUGCAACAUUGCCACAUGCCAUGCGGCAAGAUCGCUGCAGAGUUGUAGCAAUCAUGAAGGCAAAGCCGCGCAGCGGAGCGAGCUGGCAGCUAAAAAGUAUUUGGAUCUUACACCCGAUAAGGAGUUGAACCAGCAGCUGACCAACUGGAUCUACUGGGAUCGCAAUCCGCAGACAAUGCAGCAGAUUGUGGAUGCUGUAGACUGUGAGGCGUGGGAUUGGCUGCGCAGUCGUCUAUGCCAGCGCAUGCAGUUCGGCACGGCCGGACUACGCGGUGAGAUGCGCGCAGGAUUUGAUUCCAUGAAUGAUCUUGUGGUGCUGCAAACCAGUCAAGGCUUGUGCGCCUAUAUAAAGCAGCAAUGUGAACAGAACGAACGGAGCGUGGUCAUUGGCUACGAUGGACGACAUCACAGCAAGCGCUUUGCCGAGCUGGCGGCCACUGUGUUUCUCAGCAAUCAGUUUCGUGUGCAUCUCUUUGGGCGCACUGUAGCCACACCCUUUAUACCGUUUGCAGUCAAAAAGUUGAACUGCUUGGCGGGCGUAAUGGUCACAGCCUCGCACAAUCCAAAGCAGUACAAUGGCUUCAAGUUGUAUUGGACCAAUGGCGCGCAGAUAGUGGCGUCAGAUGAGCAGCUCAUAGAACAGAACAUCAUGCAGCACUUGGAGCCACAGGAGUCAUCCUGGCAGCUGUGCUCACUCAUAGGCAACGACUUGCUGUCGGAUCCAUAUGAGCAAGUGGUGCCAGCCUACAUUGCAGCACUGCAAGACGAGUUUACUUGCCCCAUGCUGCAGCUGAAUCACGAAUCCCACACUAAAAUUGUCUAUACGGCCAUGCAAGGCGUGGGUUAUCCUUAUAUCAAAUUGGCAUUCAUGGCCAUACAACUGCAGCCGGUUAUACCCGUUGAGCAGCAAGUGCAGCCUGAUCCGGUGUUCAGCACCACACCCUUGCCAAAUCCUGAAGAAGGCAAAGUGGCGCUAAACUUGGCUAUUCAAACAGCCACAGAGCAUGAAUCUAAUCUUAUACUGGCCAAUGAUCCAGAUGCCGAUCGCUUGGCCGUGGCAGAGCUAAAUGAGCAAGGAAAGUUUCACAUUUUCACAGGCAACGAGCUGGGUGCGCUGCUGGGCUGGUGGGUAUUGCAGAGCUUUAAGCAACGCAUGCCCAAUGGCAAGCUAAGCAACUGUUCCAUGCUUGCCAGCACCGUCAGCUCCAAGAUACUCAAGUCGAUGGCAGCUGUUGAGGGCUUCAGUUUUCACGAGACGCUAACAGGCUUCAAGUGGAUGGCCAACAUGGCCAUUGAGCUGCAGCGCCAAGGACGCACUGUGCUCUUUGGCUUCGAGGAGGCCAUAGGCUUUAUGAUAGGCACCAAGGUCUUGGACAAGGAUGGCAUCAGCGCUGCUGCGCAUGUGGCCAGCAUGUACACUUAUUUGCAUGAGAAGAAGUACAUGAGCUUGCAAGAGCAACUGCAUGAGAUCUACGAUACUUAUGGCUAUCAUGCCAGCAUUGGCUCCUAUUUACUUUGCAAGGAUCAGCAGAUUAUAUGCAAAAUCUUUACACGUCUGCGCAGCUUUGAUGCCGGCCAGCAGGCAACCUAUCCCAAGAGCAUACUAAACGGUGAAUAUAAAAUCAGCCAAGUGCGUGAUCUCACCACGGGCUACGACAGCAGCACGCCGAAUAAGAAGCCCGUCUUGCCUGUCACGCCCAGCACACAGAUGAUUACGUUUACUUUUGAGAAUGGUCUGGUGGCUACACUACGCACCAGCGGCACAGAGCCCAAGCUUAAGUAUUAUGCUGAAAUUUGUGGCAAGCCAGAGUAUAAGAAAUGGAGCGAAUUAAAAUCAACGCUAAAGCGCAUGACGGCUGCAAUUGUCGAUGAGUUCUAUGAGCCCAAGCGGUAUGGCCUAGAGCCCAAGCCAGUUGAGUAACUGGCGUGCAGACUGUCUUCAGCAAUUGUCUUUAUUUGCUUCUAGUAGUAUCUAAAAAUAUUUAUUGUAUUUAUUCAAUUUCAGAACAACUAAAAGCUUGUAAGACACAGU